AUGCCAGUUCUAUCUAUCUAUCUAUCUAUCUAUCUAUCUAUCUAUCUAUCUAUCUAUCUAUCUAUCUCAUCUAUUCAUAUCUAUCUUAGUCUAAUCAUUAUCUAUCUAUCUAUCUAUCUAUCUAUCUAUUUAUCUAUCUCAGUAUGUUCAUAUCUAUCUAUCUUAUCUAAUCAUUAUCUAUCUAUCUAUCUAUCUAUCUAUCUAUCUAUCUAUCUAUCUAUCUAUGUCCCUUACAUAUUUCUAUUUUUUCUUCAUCAUUUAUUAGUCCCUUUCUUUAACUAUUCUUUGUUCUUUUUUAUUUUCAGUCUCUUUUUCGACGUUCUUUCUUUUUUAUUUCUUUCUUAUUCUAUUUUCACCUCUUAUGUUUCUUUUUUUUCUAAUCUUUCUUUCACUAUAUAUUCAUUCUUCUUCCCUCUUUUCUUCCAUUAUUUUAUCGCCCUCUUUUCUUUCUUUCUUUCUUUCUUUCUUUCUUCUGUUAUUUUAUCUCAAAUUUUCUUUCUUCUCACUGUUCUGUUUUUAUUUUGUUUCUUUGUUAGUUUCUCUUUUUCUUAUUCUAUUUUCACCUCUUGUCAUUCUUUUUUUCUCAUUAUUUUAUCACCCUCUUUUCUUUCCUUUUUUUUUUCUCAGCCACCGCCACCACCUCAUUCACGCUUGAAUAUACACUAUUUCAAAUUUUUACAUAUCUAUCUAUCUAUCUAUCUAUCUAUCUAUCUAUCUAUCUAUCUAUCUAUCUAUCUAUCUAUCUCCGAUGUGAUGAGAACGAAAGUAAUAUACUUUCCGAUACCGAUAUUAGAGCGAUAA